AUGCUGAAUCUAGUAUCAUUUGAGACGCCGCCUCUUGGAAGGCAGGAGAGAUCAGCUAAUACUACCAUCACCGCAACCGCAACAGCGGCCAUCAGGGGAAAGGAAGAAAGCUCCAGCAACACUUGCUUCCAUGGACAUCUGGACCUCAGUCUUGGCAUCUCCUUGUUUCAUGGUGGUGGCGGCGGCUGCGACGCAUCCAGCUGUGAUGGAAGCAAGGAAAGCUAUGGUGGUCUACAGGGCAGCCGUGAUGACAAGGACAACAUUCGUUUCAUGAACAGCGGCACCACCACUGCAAAUGUGAUUACCGCAGGGCACCGCCAUCAUGUCGGUGAUUUGACGGCAUCAUCAGGAUCAGGAGGAGGUGGCUGGGCAGCGGCGUUCAUGCCGAGCCCGACCGGCUUCAUGCAUCCAUGGAGCCUCGCCGCACGGCAGCAGAAGGCUGCUGCCGAGCAAGACCGGACGCCUCCAACCACUUACAUGUCAAGUGAUGACCGUGUGGCCACAUCGCCGUCGGCCGUCGGCUGGCCGCCGGUGCACACCACCCGGCGCAACAUCGUCACCGCCAUGCAAGUAACCAAGACUGGCGCCACCGCCGCCGACGGACCCGAAAGCACGACGACGACGCACGCCGCAGCCGGCGGCGAGAAGAACGUGGCGGCGCCACCGAUGACGGACAGCACGGUGGCGGCGACACUACGGCCGGCGCCGGCGAACAUGUUCGCCAAGGUGCACAUGGAGGGCUACGCGAUUGGCAGGAAGAUCAACCUGAGGGCCCAAGGCGGCUACGACUCCCUCUCCAGGGUGCUCACCACCAUGACAACAAACUUCUUCUGCCCCGCAGACUGUUCAGGUGCAGGCACGGGAGAAAAAGAUGCUCCUAAUAGUGACAAGUUCAUAUUCCUGUAUGAAGACUUUGAGGGUGACCGAAUGCUGGUUGGUGACGUUCCAUGGGAAUUAUUCCUAGCAUCUGCUAAAAGAUUGUACAUUGUCCGAAACCCAGCACCAAGUGACAAAGGUCAAGGUGAAGGUGACAGAAAAUAUAAAACCAAAGAACGAACAAAUGACUGA